CUGUCAUAUUUCCGCCUCAGUGAAGCAGCAAGCCGAGAGGUUUAAUUUUGAUUCUAUUCAACCAACAACUAAACGCGACCGAGAACACAAAAAACGUGUGUUUUGGUGGGUGCGAAUUGAUCUGUAUAAAACAGAUUUAACCAGACAAAAGGGGGUUUUUGCCAACAAUCCACAAUGAGACGUCCGAAGAAGUACGAAGCCGGAGAGGCCACCCAAUACAUCAGUGGUCGGGCGGCGAUUCGGAAGCUCCAGCUGUCGCUGAAUGACUUCCGCCGUCUGUGCAUCCUCAAGGGUGUCUAUCCGCGCGAGCCCAAGCACAGGCGUCGUGCCCAGAAGGGCUCCUCGGAGAUCAAGAUCCUGUACCACACCAAGGACAUUCGGUUCCUGCUGCACGAGUCCAUUGUGUGGACGCUGCGUGAUUACAAGAUCUUUGCCAAGAAAACCAGCCGCGACCGCGCCAUCAAAGAUUUUCGCAACCUGAAGCGCAGAUUGGCCCUGUUCCCCGAAAUCAAGCUCGAUCACAUUGUCAAGGAACGCUAUCCGACCUUCAUAGACGCCCUCAAGGACCUGGACGAUUGCCUGACGAUCGCUUAUCUCUACAUUAGCACGUGAAUAUAAAUUAAUACAGAAAAACC